UUAAAUGUUUAACUCGGCAUUUAGAAAGAAAUGUUCAGGAAAUAUAUAGAAACAGUGUAGCCAAAUAAUUGAUAUGAUAUAUCAAUGUUAUGAUAUCGCAGUGACAAAUUUCCAUGUAGCUAAAGUUAUAUUGAUAUAAACCAUGUAAAAAUUUUAUAAGUUUUUAAACAAUUUAUAAUAUUAAUAAAAAGUUUAAUGUUUAGAGUAUUAAAAGUUGACUCUAUCUGAAAUAAUAUUAAGUAACUUAUGAAUUAUUUAACCAGUAGAACAUAUAGAAAUAUAAAAAAUAUGGCAAAAAUCUAAAAAAAUUGUAUAUAUUAUUGUACAGACGAUAUUACUUUUCAAGAGAUUAUAGCCGUGUAAAAAAUUUAUAUAUUUGAUAAAUAAGAUGUAUCCUGUUGGGGAAGGAGUGCUCCCCACGUUAAGACACUUGGCACAGAGACGCAUUCUUCUUGACUUCCUUUCAACCCAACCAUUUGGCUAUAGUCCAGCUAAGCACUCUUUUCACGAGUUUCCACCCCCCACAAUGUGGUAUAGUGGUAAGCAACCGGAUUAUUUUAAAAACAUAUCCGGCCCAUCCAGACAAUGACACUAGUAUAAGUACUUAGAAGUUGGGGUAAUUAGGCCGAAAUCUAGCCAUAUCGAACGUAUCACUCCGAUACCGUAUUGGGACGGCUCCACUUCUUUAAAUAUGCUCAAUUAACUGGUAAAAUAAAUAGGCGUUGACAACCGAUAGAGAAACAACUAUUAAAGCAGUUAGUGUUAUCUUCUAGGUGUCAGGGGGUAAAUCGAAGAAAUUUAACAACCGCUUCCGUGCCAGAAAUUAAGGAAAGAAAACCGGAUAGAAAAAAAUCCGUACAGUCGUAGAUCGUAUAGCAAAUGAUGACUAUUUUUAGUAUCGAGUUUUUAAAACCGAUCUUAACUUUUUCUCUCCCCCUUGUUUUGUUUUGUGGGGUGCAUCGGUUGCGCGCGCAACCAAAGGCGAGGCGGUAAAGCCCUGCUUGAUCUGGUUGUAGUGAUGUGCUGAUGUAGUUUGGAGAUUGCUUGUGUCUGGUUAGAGUUGGAUAUAGUUCCACGUGUUGGGCCAUUACUGUUAUGGAAUGUCGUUCGAUGUGUGUGGGACUAAUAUUCGAUACUUGUCAAGGAUUGACGAAUGUGUAUAUCUGAAAUAAAAUAUCUAAAUGGUGCUACAGAGAUACUUAUUUUCUCUGGCAAUUGGUAUGGUAUUUAUUUUUCAAUUCAUACAACUAGAAGGAAAAUCUGCAUCAUCUCUAUCAACUGAAUAUCAGAAUAAUCAUAAUGGAAUUGAUAGCUGCUAUAAUUUUAGUAAAGGAAAUGAAAAGGAACACGAAUUUUUCUCACCACAUUAUCCAAAUAACUAUCCCAGUAAUAUUAGGUGUACACGUCAAAUAAAAGCCGAGCCCGGAUAUAUAAUCAAAUUGCAUUUUAGAGACCAUUUUCAUUUGGAAGACUCGGAAAAUUGUGAAUAUGAUUAUUUGGAAAUUCGCGAAGGACCACACGGGUAUUCAACUGUAAAAGGCAAAUACUGCGGUAACACAUUCCCUAAAGAGAUCACAUCAAAGGGACAGUAUCUAUGGUUAGAGUUUCGUUCCGACGAUAGCAUCGAGUACAAAGGAUUUAAAGUUUAUUAUGAAUUCUAUGAGGCUAAAGGCGACGGACCAGAUAAACAAAACUGCUAUAGUCUUUUCGGAGGUAUACAAGGUAAUAUUAAUUAUUCUUCCAUAGACGCAAAUUUAAUUAAAUAUUCGAAUGAACAUAAACAACCGUUAGAUUGCGUAUGGGAAAUACGCGUAACUCCAGGAUAUCACAUAGCGAUCAAGUUCCACCACUUCUCACUUCCCGAACCAAAUCAUUGUGACGUUAACAUGUUCGAAAUUUAUAACGAAUCCCUGAGUAGUAGUGGAAUGCAAGGAAAAUUCUGUGGCACAAAAGCAGAUUCGAAAACUAUCGAUCGUAAUGUGGCCUAUGUCCGGUUUUUUGGUUUACCUUGGAAAUAUUUAAAAAAGUCGAAGAAACAGGGGGUUGAGUUUUUUAGUUUAGUUUAUACUGCUCAAAGACCCGUGCAAUCAAAUGGAAAAACUUGUGAUCCUAGCCUUGAAUUCGAUUGCGGAGACGGUUUUUGUAUACAUAGCUCUUUGGUUUGUAACGGAAUAACGAAUUGUAAAUAUAAAUACGACGAAGAGAAUUGCGAAGUAGGUUUGUCGCUUGCAAGUGUCCUAUCUUCACAACAAAUGAUCAGUAUUUUAAUUGUGUUCAGCAUUAUGAUAUUAGGAAUGUGCAUAUCCUUAUCCAUAUCUUGUUAUACAAAAGUGAAACAGAGACAAGAAAAAGAACGCGAGUACAGAGAAAGACGUUCUAAAGAGGCAUCAGUGGAAUGUAAUCUCGAAUCAGGUAACGAGAGAGGUGUCGAUCACGUGCAAAAUACCGAAAUCGGUUCACGCAGGAAAGCCGCCAAAUGGUUACAAGACGUAGACGAAGAAAACGGUUGUUAUGUGCCAGAAGUGGAUUUAAGUGUUUUCCGCAAACAGCCGAACGGUGGUGACACCAUUCCCCACACCGAAGAGACAUCUUUCGACUCUGGUACUUAUCCAGUACCCAUCACAGAACCAAAGAGACCUUUCAUGCCUCCCUCGUAUUCUGAAGUAGGAGAAUUGCCUCGCUCCUCUCCUCCUCCUCUACCCCCUCAUCGAGGUAGGGACUCAUUAUAUUCACGCUCAUCCAAGCCCCUCCCCGAUCCUCCCGUUCAAGGACCCUUAAAUAGGACGGUACCAGAACCUUCGGUACAUAGAUCAGCUCAGGAACGUUACGAGCAACCUCCGGGUCACAGAACGGCACCCGAACGUCCCCCUUUUAGUAGGGUAACUCCCGCGCAAAACAGGCCACCACCCACACCCAUGCACAGGGCAUCCGUCGCUCAAGAAGAGGACGACGACGACGACGACGACGAUCGAUCUCCUCAUCAAAUUCGAGCUCAGGCAGUCAUCGAAGCAACAAACGACGGAUCAAGGGCAAGAAGUUUCGAAUCUACGUCAUCGGCACCCGACGUCAUAGUCAAACGCUGAGGUAACAAUGAUCCAAUGUGGCCACUAGUCGAUAUCUGUUUAACACACACACAUAUACACACACAUACAUACACGGAGCUAUUUUUUUGAAGCUCGAUCAACACAAAUGUUUUUUUUGGAGGAAAAAACAUAAAAAGUCCAUGUUCAUUCUUGCUUGUGUUCUUUAAUUUCCUGAUUGAUCAGCCUGAUAUUGCUCAAAAUAUACAUUUUAGAUGUGAGUAAAUUUUUUUUUUUUUGGAGAGAAACGCUGUGAAUCGAAGUCUUGAUGAACCAUACACAUCAUCCACCUUUUUUUGUCUCUGGAUCAUCAUAGAAAAUUUAGUACGCACAUGUUUAAUAGAUAAAACUUCAGCGAAGAAGAAGAAUUAAAAAAAAAUUGUCAUUUUCUACUUAUUAUAUUGAAGGACUCCCGUUAUACAUUUUAGGAAUUAAUUUUUUGGAAUGUCCAGUAUUGUUUUUUUGUGUGAUACACGGAAAAAAGAAUAGGAAAAAAAAGAUGUAUUGUUUGUUGUAUAUAUACAUAUACAUAUAUUAUUUUUUCCUCGUUUAAUUUUUGAGUCCCAGUUAACGUCCCUAAGAUGUCUUCAAAAUGAAAUCUGCCUUAUUAAAGUGAAUGAUAUGUCAUGUUCGGAUGUUGGAUAAUGUGGUUUGUUUUACAACAGUAAGUUUAUAUGGUAUUCCCAGAAUGAUCAAUAUACAUCGUGUUUCAAGGAUAUUAGAAUUGUUAUAGAUAAAAAGAUUUUUUAAUAUUUUCUGUAUUCGUUUGUUUUAUUUCUGCAAUAUCUUUUCAUUCGUCACAAUGUUCGUUUGCAUCCCACAAUCUGAAUCCGGGAUGCGGAGGAUCCGGGAUCGAAUUCCGACCGGAUGAUUUGAAAUCUUUAUGGACUGAUUUAACUCGUAUAUAUCGGGCCUCGUUCUGUUGUAGAUCUGGAAAACGUGUUUGGCGUGAAGAAAAGGCCUUUUAGUGCUGUCAGGGGUGGCCAAAUCUUAUCACGAUAAGAACCAUACCGCGUAUCAGAAAUACGUGAGAGUCGUAUCCUAUAUUGGAACCUAUAUAUAACGUAUAAUGUGUGCGUGUAUAUAGGGUAAUAACACCCAAGUCCGAUCCGCCUACCCCUAAGUAAUAAGGGGUAGAGGUCUGAUAUACAAGAGGCUCAAUAAGGAUCUAGAGGAACCAGUUUGGUCACCAUGGGAAUAAAUCGUAAAGUUUCUGACGAAAUAACUUAGUUUUAAACAGUUAAAAUAAAAUUUAAAUAUAAGAAUUCAUGUUCGAUUUAAAUAAUACGUCGAAAAACCAAAAUAAUUUGACGAAAUUUAUAAUUUUUGACAGCAUACUUCGAAGAAAAUAAUGCAAUUAGUACUCGAAUUUGUAUAAAGUAGACAUUUGUCCUACAUACCAUUCAACGUUUGUUUUUCUCAUAACCUUUUGGUUUUUUUCUCUUCAUUCCUAAAACUUUUUGUCCUUGUAUAACUUGGCAUAAAUAUACUUACAAGAAUUCUAGACGUGGUUCUCUUCUGAAUAUAGACAUACCAAUUU